AUGCGUUCAAUCCAUUUUCUGUCUGUCUGUCUUUCUCUCUGUCUUUCUGUCUGUCUGUCUUUCUUUCUUUUUCUCCUAACUAACAUAUCCCAGUCCUACCUUCUUUCUUUCUUUCUUUUCAUUUUUCUCUUACUUUUCCUUUUGUCUCUCACUGUCGUUUCUUUUACUUUCUCUCCCGCUCUUUUACUUUCUCUCCCGCUCUUUUACUUUCUCUCCCUCUUUCCCUCCCUCUCUUUCCCUCCUCCCCUCCCUCUCUUUCCCUCCCUCCCUCCCUCUCUUUCCCUCCCUCCCUCUCUCUCUUUCCCUCCUCCCUCUCUCUCUUUCCCUCCUCCCCUCUCUCUUUCCCUCCCUCUCUUUUCCCUCUUUCCCUCUUUCUCCCUUUCUCCCUUUCUCUCUUUUCAUCUCUUUUACUUUCUCUCGUUCUCCCUAUACAUUGGUAAAAUAUUCUCUCUUUCUCUCUCUCUUUCUCUCACUAACUUCCCUUUGUCACCUUUCUCUCUGUGUAUUCUUUUUGUUGUCCUUCUCUCCGUCUUCCUUUUGUCGUCUUUCUCUCUCUCUUUCUCUUCCUUUUGUCGCCUUACUCUUCCUUUUGUCUCCUUUCUCUCUGUCUUCAUUUUGUCGCCUUUCUCUCUCUGUCUUCAUUUUGUCGCCUUUCUCUCUCUGUCUUCAUUUUGUCGCCUUUCUCUCUCUGUCUUCAUUUUGUCGCCUUUCUCUCUCUGUCUUCAUUUUGUCGCCUUUCUCUCUCUGUCUUCAUUUUGUCGCUUUUUCUCUCUCUGUCUUCAUUUUGUCGCCUUUCUCUCUCUCUGUCUUCAUUUUGUCGCCUUUUUCUCUCUCUGUCUUCAUUUUUCAUUUUGUUCUCUCUCUCUGUCUUCAUUUUGUCGCCUUUCUCUCUCUCUCUGUCUUCAUUUUGUCGCCUUUUCUCUCUCUCUGUCUUCAUUUUGUCGCCUUUCUCUCUCUCUCUGUCUUCAUUUUGUCGCCUUUCUCUCUCUCUCUGUCUUCAUUUUGUCGCCUUUCUCUCUCUCUCUGUCUUCAUUUUGUCGCCUUUCUCUCUCUCUCUGUCUUCAUUUUGUCUUUCUCUCUCUCUCUCUCCAUUUUCUCUCCAUUUUGUCGCCUCUCUCUCUGUCUUCAUUUUUCUCUCUCUCUCUCUCUCUCCAUUUUGUCGCCUUUCUCUCUCUCUCUGUCUUCAUUUUCUCUCUCUCUCUGUCUCCAUUUUGUCGCCUUUCUCUCUCUCUCUGUCUCCAUUUUGUCGCCUUUCUCUCUCUCUCUGUCUUCAUUUUGUCGUCUUUCUCUCUCUCUCUGUCUUCAUUUUGUCGUCUUUUCUCUCUCUCUGUCUUCAUUUUGUCCUCUUUCUCUCUCUCUCCUGCUCCCCUCACCUUCACAUUACGUGGGACCGUUCGUUCGCCUGCUCCCCCUUACCUUAACAUUACGUGGGACCGUUCGUUCGCCUGCCCCCCCUACCUUCACAUUACGUGGGACCGUUCGUUCAUUAGCCUGCUCCCUCUACCUUCACAUUACGUGGGACCGUUCGUUCGCCUGCUCCCCUCACCUUCACAUUACGUGGGACCGUUCGUUCGCCUGCCCCCCUACCUUCACAUUACGUGGGACCGUUCGUUCAUUAGCCUGCUCCCUCUACCUUCACAUUACGUGGGACCGUUCGUUCGCCUGCUCCCCCUCACCUUCACAUUACGUGGGACCGUUCGUUCGCCUUCUCCCCUCACCUUCACAUUACGUGGGACCGUUCGUUCGCCUGCUCCCCCUACCUUCACAUUACGUGGGACCGUUCGUUCGCCUGCUCCCCUUCACCUUCACACUACGUGGGACCGUUCGUUCGCCUGCUCCCCUUCACCUUCACACUACGUGGGACCGUUCGUUCGCCUGCUCCCCUUCACCUUCACACUACGUGGGACCGUUCGUCCGCCUGCUCCCCUUCACCUUCACACUACGUGGGACCGUUCGUUCGCCUGCUACCCCUCACCUUCACACUACGUGGCAUCGUUCUUUGCCGCCUCUCCCUUACUCCGAGACGUCCCCAGUUCUUCAACACCCAAGUAUGGCCUGACCUGCCCGUUCUUUUGA